AUGGGGACGGUCUUGAGCCAAACAGGCGUCUGCUGUGUACAGGAACGGAGUCUCUUCUGCAGCAGCUUCGAAUUCCUCUGGGCGUUUGUUGGUCGCGACAGGACAAGCUACCAGUCCCUAGCGGUCAGCAGCUCCUCUGGGAGCCCUUGCUAUCAGUCGAUUGGACCACCGCCUGCGCCGCAGUUCGUGGAGCAGGAGGAGCUCUUCGGAGAGCACCGCGUGUCGCGGCCCAGCUGCUUGACGGCGGCAGGGCUUCUCGGGGCCGGCUUGGGUGCCUCAGCUCAGGGCCAGCUCGUCUUCCGAGGCUGUGCCUUUGGCAACAGCUGCCGCCGCAGCAACCCUCAGCACUUCCUGGACGAGAGCCACCCCACGGACCCCGACCAUCACCUCCGGACUCGAACGCUCUCAAAGAAAGCUGCAGCAUGGAAACCUGCGGACUUACCUGAUGCACUGCGACGUCCAUCGUUCUGGCACCUUCCAAAAGGCCGGCCAAGUGCGACUCCCUGCCGUCCGACCUGGGCUGCACUUGGCACAGAGGAACGGCAGCUUUGA